GCUCUGUUCCGGUGGCUCUGGGUGCUCCGAUUUCUGGGGACGCGCUCUGCACGUGGAGAGGCGCGAGAAUCCUGCGACCUCACCCCGCACCGUCCGCAUGUUUGAGGAGCCGGAAUGGGCCGAGGAGGCCCCAUUAGCCGCGUGCCUCCGGCCUGUGGCGUCACGGCCUCGGCCCGCGGCAGCCUCGCAAAUCAAGGGCUCCAAGCGCCGCCAGCUCUUGGCCACACUACGGACGCUGGAGGCAGCAUCUCUUUCCCAGCCACCCCUCAGUCUGCCUGGCAGUGACUCUGAGGAGGAGGAGGUGGUGGAAAGGAAGAAGAAACGCCCGAAAAAGGCCUCGUUGGCCAGUACUUCUCCUGAAGUGGAGAAGAAAAGGAAGAAGCAGCAUCAAAAACAGGGUCUACCAGGCAGUGUCUCUGAGGAAAAGGAAGUAAAAAAGAAGAAAUGUCGUAAAGGGGCUCUUUGUGGCAGUGACCCUGCUGCAGAAGAGAAAAGAAAGGGAAAAUGCCAGAAACAGGCCCCUUCAAACCCAGCUCAGCACCUGGACAGUGCUGACCAAGCAGGUCUCAAAGCUUGGAAGAGUAAUGCUACAGAUGACCCACCCAAGCCAAGCUUGGGGACCACUCCUCCCCAGUCCCCCCGUAUCUUGAGUCGCAAGCAGUGGCGGAACCGGCAAAAGAACAAGCGUAGACACAAGAACAAGUUUCGGCCACCUCAACCACCAGACUCGGCUCUAGCCACAGCCCCCACAGAGGAGACAGAGGUGCCUCCUGCUCCCAUUCAAGACAGCCAGGAGACUCGGGCAGGAGCUCUGCGAGCCCGCAUGGCACAGCGGCUAGACGGUGCUCGAUUUCGCUACCUCAAUGAACAGCUGUACUCAGGGCCCAGCAGUGCUGCACAGCGCCUCUUCCAGGAAGACCCUGAGGCCUUUCUCCUCUACCACCGUGGCUUCCAGAGCCAAGUCAAGAAGUGGCCACUACAGCCUGUGGACCGCAUCGCCAAGGAUCUUCGCCAGCGGCCUGCAUCCUUGGUGGUAGCUGACUUCGGCUGUGGAGACUGCCGCCUGGCUUCAAGUAUCCGGAACCCUGUGCACUGCUUUGACUUGGCCUCUCUGGACCCCAGGGUCACUGUGUGUGACAUGGCCCAGGUGCCUCUGGAGGACGAGUCUGUUGAUGUGGCAGUGUUCUGCCUUUCGCUGAUGGGAACCAACAUCAGGGACUUCCUAGAGGAGGCAAAUCGAGUGCUGAAGCCAGGUGGUCUUCUGAAGGUGGCUGAAGUUAGCAGCCGCUUUGAAGAUGUUCGGACCUUCCUGGGAGCUGUGACCAAACUGGGCUUCAAAAUCAUCUCCAAGGACCUGACCAACAGCCACUUCUUCUUGUUUGAUUUUGAAAAGACCGGGCCCCCUCGGGUGGGGCCCAAGGCUCAACUUUCAGGCCUGAAGCUUCAGCCAUGCCUCUAUAAGCGCAGGUGACCUCUGGACUCCUUGAAAGGGGAGGCAAGUCUCGAACUCCAGGCUCAUAACUUUGAAGACUGUAACCAGCCAGGCUGUGCCGCAGGACCUGAUACUGCGCUUCCUCUGUCCCAGGAACAAAGUGUAAUGAAACCUCUGGCUCAGCCCUGCUCUAAGGAAAGAUUCUUGGUUGCAAGAAUCACAGAAUCACUCAGGCUGACUAAAGAAUAAGGAGUUUGUUUUGAGAACAUGUGGCUAUCUGGGAAUUAUGGAUCCCCUAGGUGUCAUGGAAACUAGAUGGUUUGGAAUUCAAGGCAUCUCUGGGUUUGAUUCUUUCUUUCGUUUCCUAGGAGCUACAUGGGCUUUCUGUCCCUGGCAUCUCCAUUUUCUUCUCUUCUGGUCUGUUUGCAGACCAGCUCCCUCUGCUUACUCAUAUCUGUACUCCUUCAGGUUUGGUCUGCCCAGGUCUUCAAGGCCCCAGACAGGCAGACAUUGCUUCUUGGCCCUGGGACGACUGGUGGCUCGCUAACGUCCUGGCUCAGCACAUCAGUCAGGGCUUCUGGGUCAGAACUGUUUGUUUGUCUCUGUGUUAAGCACUUCUUUCCCGUCUGUCCUCAUCUCUAUCUUUGGAGCCACAUGGUCCAGACAACUGCCAGCAUUUAUUACUGUCCUGUGGGACGUCGUGUGUGUCUGGCUGAGAGCACAGAUUUUGGAAUCAGGUGGGCCUGGGUUCAAAUCCUGGCCUGCCACUUACUGCCGAGAAUCAUUCAAUCUUUGGAUGUCACAUUCCUCAUUUGGAAAAUGGUAGGAUUCUUGUCUCAUGGGUUUGUUGUGUGGGCCAACCGAGGAGAUCUCUCGCCAGGGCCCGAUACUGAGGAGGUGCUCAAUAAACUGUUGCUGUGGCUGUUGUGCCUUGUAAGCCUUGUUGUUCUCAAGACCCUUCUCGAGGCUGGGUUGGAGGUUGGAGGGUAAAGAAGAGCUUUGUUGACUAAGGAAGACUCAGCUUAAUAUAGGCCUU